AUGGGCUUCGAUCGCAUCUGCGGAACAUGCUGCGCUGCAGAGUCAACGGAGAUGACUGGAACGUUCGGAGCAGCAUCAACUGCCUUGGUCCAUGAGAUGUUCUUCCCCAUGUAUGUGGUGAAGGUCUCUGACUUCCUGGAGAUGACUGGCCCGCCUGCGGCACAUGCGGAGCUGCAGGCCAAGGGACUUCUGCACCAAUGGCGCCCAGAGAUGUUUGUGAUCUUCGUCUCUCACCAGUGGCUGAGCUUCGAACAUCCUGAUCCAAAAGGAGAACAAGCGAGCUUCCUACGGGCGGCCUUAAGGAACGUCAUCAAUGGGACGACGCAGGUGGAGAUGGACAUGGUCACGGAGAGCGGGGGUCCAGGCUUCCCUUGCGAGGGCCGGAGAUGGAUCGCGGGCGGAUACCUCUUCCUGGACUGGUUUGCCAUUCCGCAGGUCACAGCGCGUGCGGCGGGCGUCAACGAGGACGUGGUGAAGUCGGAUGCUGCGAAGGCGGUGCAGAGUAUCCCUGCGUACGUGGAAGUGGCCAAUAUUUUUCUGGGGCUGGUGUGCCCAUUGCAGCAUUAUGAGACUGGGAGCAUUUGCAACUUUAGCUCCUGGCUCUCGCGGGGCUGGUGCCGCGCGGAACUCUGGUGCCAUGUGCUCUCCAACAAGCCAGAUACCCGAGUGAUUGUGAUUCACAGCAAGCUCGAAGUGGAGUUUAUGUUUGCCUUGAACUGGCAGCACAAUAGCAUCAGCAACGGGCAAUUUACGGUGGAGAGUGACCGAGCCGUGGUGGUGCAGUUGGGACACUUGGCCUUGCAAAGCAAGAUCCAAUACCUCUCCCAGAAGGGGCCCUUGUGGGCUUAUCGCUUCUACUCUGCCCUCAUCCCGCGGCUCUUCAAGCAGGAGACGGCCGCGGCGCGGAGCACGUCGCCGCAGCACUUCGUGGAGCUCUUUCGGUUCCCCAACUUCAAAGCAGCCGUAGAGGACACCAGCAGCAUGAACGGGGUGCUGUGUGCGCUCUUCGCGGGCGACGCGGAGAUGCUGCGGCUGCUAGGGCAGCAGCGGGCAGACAUGAAUGGCCGGCUGCAUGGGUUGGAGACCUUGGGUUAUUUUGAUAGUCAGACUCCUUUGAUGGCAGCGCUGAAGUCACAACAGGAGUCGGAGGUGAUCUCUGCCCUUCUGGAGAUGCGCGCCAACGUGGAUCUGAAGUCAAGGACAUACAUCAAGUGCACCUACUUGGUGCGAUCUCCCGAGCAUGUGAAGCUGCUGCUGGCUGCGCGCGCGGACUUCCAGCACAGCGGCCCGGGGAACCUGACAGCGCUCACUGGAGCCGCCAGCUGGGCGUCGGCCUCCACCGUGCAGUCGAUCCUGGACGCGGGGUAUAGCCCCAACGACACGAACGCCCAAGCCAACAAAGUCCACAUCAUCGGAUAUACACCUUUGCAUGGCCUGGCAAUCCACAGCCGUGACAAUCCCGAGGCACUGGAAUCUGCGCGUAUACUCAUCGAAUCUCGUGCUGACGUGAAUGCGCAAGCCCGUCCAAAGGGUUGGUUGAAAGUGGGCAUUCCCUUGGCGAACCUCUACAGCUACUUCCGCCCACGCAGCCGUCGAGUGCAACACUUGGCCUAUUUUCCGGGCAUCACGCCCUUGGGCAUUACAGCCUGGUCGGGCGAUCAACGCUUGGCGGAACUGCUCUUGGAGUAUCAUGCCGAUGUAUCGUUGACCAACGACAUGGGGAAGACCCCUGAGGAUCUGGCGCUGGAGCUUGGUCAAAAGCAUUUGUUGCCCUUGCUACCUGUUGGCUUGAGCCAGAACUUUGGGGGGCCCCAUUCCAAACGGAAGGGCUGGACGUCAAAGACGCCAGCUGGGUGCCAACUUUUGAAGUUGGAUCUGGUUUGCAGGGUGGCGAAUCCGCGACCGGUCCAUGAGCAGAAGUUCCCGAUGUACCUGGUGAAGGUGAACUGGGCGUCCGGUCCGCGCCAGCGGGGUCAGGAGGAACGGCAGGCGUCGGUCGACGCGAUGGCUCGCCUCGCGGCAGGGAUGUUCUCCAUCUUUGUGUCGCACCAGUGGAUCGGCUCCAAGCAUCCAGAUCCCCAAGGUGAGCAGAUGGCGGUCUUGCGGCAAAGCCUCCAACGCGUCAUCAACGGAACCAUCCAGGUGGAGGAGGAUUUGGUCUCCUGGAGCCUCACCUCUCCGAAGGGCAUGUCACCGGAGAUGCGGAAGACCAUUGGAGAGAAGGGUUAUCUUUUUCUGGAUUGGUUCGCGAUUCCACAGAUCACCGCGCGGCAGGAGGGCCUCAACGAGGCCGGAGCAGCCGGAGCUGCACCGUCCACUGCGGAGACGGAUGCUGCCAAGGCGGUGCAGAGCAUCCCUGCCUACGUGGAGGUUUGCGAUGCGUUCAUCGCUCUGGUGCCAGAAAUGAUGCAUUCUGAUACCAAGAAGUCUUGCAACUACAUCUCCUGGCUCUCCCGUGGCUGGUGCCGGGCCGAAUUGUGGUGCCACUUGCUUUCCAACAAGCCUGACACGCGGGUGAUCUUGAUUUUCUCAACGCUGGAGGCGGAAUACAUGUCAGCGCUCAACUGGCAGCAGAACACCAUCGCGGAGGGCGACUUUACCGUGGAGAAGGACCGAGCUGUCGUGGUGAAGCUGGGUGAGGUCGCCGUGGAGAGCAAGAUCGAACAUCUGUCACGGGAAGGGCCUUUGUCGCAUUGCCGCUUUUACUUGGCACAUCGGCCCAAGCUCUUGGGACAGGAGAGAAUCCAAUUUGAGCUCAAUGGUUUCCUGUCGCACUUCCGCUUUCACAGCCUCAAGGACGCGCUGUCCGUACGAGAGGGGAUGACGCCCUUGCUCUGUGCGGUCUUUGCCGGGGAUGCCGCCAUCAUCCAGCUGCUGGCAGAGCAUCGCGCGGACGUGAAUGCCCGGCUGCAUGGGCUUUAUGACCUGGGCUACUUCGAAGGGCAGACGCCCCUCAUGGUCGCGGCCAAGUCCUACCAGCGGCCAGAGAUUUUAUCCACGCUUCUGGAGUGCUCGGCCGACGCACAACUCCUCUCGGGAGCUGGGAUCAAUGCGCCGUAUUUGGUGCGAACGCCGGAGCAAGUGGAGGUGCUGUUGCGCUUCCGCGCUGACCUUCACUCUCCAUGCAGCAAUGGCCUCACCCCGUUGACGGGUGCCGCCUCGUUGGCCAACCCGCAGACCGUGCAGGCCCUGUUGGCCGCGCGCUGCGACCCCAAUCCGCCCAGCACGGGCAUGGGCCACGGUCCGAUCUUCGGCGCGGCGCUCUUCUCCAUCGGCAACGCCCACUCGGUGGAGAUCACGCACUUGCUGGUGCAGCAUCGCGCCGACAUCAAUGCCCCAGCUCAGCCGCAAGGACUCUUGGCGUUAUGCUUCAAAGGCGUUCAGGCCUAUGUGAGCUUGCUGCGUCCGGAGGGCGUCUCGAAGCGGGUGAAGUGCCUGGCCAACAUCUCGGGCACCAGCGCGUUGGGCUGCGCCGCCAUGCUGGGCAACGAGACCUUGACCAAAGCCCUGCUGGAGCUUGGAGCGGAGAAUGGCAUCCCCAACGACCAGGGGGAUCUCCCAGAAGAUUUGGCUCGUUGCAACGGACACCUCCACCUGCUUCCCAUCUUGGCCACCUUCGCGACCUGA